GCCACAUGCGGACGCACGUACUCGGUUAUUAUUGUCGUUAUUUUUUAUAUUAUUAUUAAUUUUUUUUUUUUUUAGCAUUAAGUGUCGUUUUUUUAUUUAUUUUUUUUUUUUAAUAAGUAAUUCGAACAUCGUCGCGUUUCAACAAGUGGAUACGUAUAACACGCACAUGCUUUCUGGGUCAUCGGACCCCCUAGAAACAACCGCGACCACGGUGUUGUUUUCCGAUUGUGACGGCCACCACCUUAUAGAUAUCUUGACACAGACAACGACUGUCAUACACACACACACACACACACACACAUACUUAAAUAAUAAUAAUAAUAAUAAUAGAUAUCAUAGAUAUUGUUGUCAAUAUCGAACGGGCGGACGGCUGUAGGCGUGUGCGGCUCGCGUUGACAGUGAAUCGCGAUUACUCGAACCGAAAACAGACUUAUAUAUUUAAUAUAUAUAUAUAUUUUUCUUCUUUCUUCGGUGGUGCGGUUCUUCAUGACGGAUGUCAAAAAGCCUUCGGACAGCUAUUACGGUCUACGACGGCAAACAGUGCGCACGCGUCCCGUAGUGUCGUCCAGCAAAAGCCGCGAAUCGUUUUAGUCGUUGUUGUGUUGUCCGAGUACGACAAUCGCGAUUUUUAUUUUUUUUAAACGUUUAUCACUAGCGGUAUGACGAACAGUAUUGGGGUCGUUUGUUGAUCGAUAAAAACCCAAAGGGCAAACAUGGUCCCCCGGCGGUGGUGGUCGCGCCUACUUUUUUGGGCGGCUCUGUUGGUGCUCGUGCCAGCUCCCGGGCACGCGAGUCUGUCGGCUGUGGGCAAACCGUCGUCCAACACCCGACAAUUAAUACACGAUAUCCGCCGGCUGAUCCGGGACAAAGGCAUAGCGGACUUGGACGUUUACGAACAAGAAGGCGAUGGUCCGCAGAAGAUUGACCGGCCGUCGUCAGAAGGCGACUCAAAUACCAGAACUUUUGGUUUGGGCGCGGCUCGCCGGCGGAUGCAGUUUGCCAUGAUGCUGCCCAUCGUCUACAAGCUGGGCGUGAUUACCACACUGCUAACCGUGUUAACAGUGCUGAGCUUGAAAGGCGUUACCAUAGGGUUGGUACUGUUGAUGUUUGCGAUAACCAGCGCGUUGACCAAGUCCAAGUACCACCACGCGCCAACCUCGAUCCACCAUUGGGCCGCGGACGCGGACCCUUUCGACCGGAGCGACCCGCAGUCGCCGGCCGGUGUUCAAAAACCGGAGAAAAACAUUCACGUACACGUGCACACAUCCGGCCCAGCACCGCCGACGUCGGUCAACAGCCCUCUCAGAAAUUCGGCCGAAGUGACCUCCGGGGCUGCCGUAAAUACCUUGGCGACGAUGCCCAAUUACUAUUGGAACAGAGGCGGCUCGAACGAGCAAUUGGACUUCUACGACCCGAACGGCCAUUACAACAACAAUGCUAAUUACAUUAACAACAAUAAUAACAGGUACGAUUUGGAGCUGUCCAGCACGCCUAGCUACUAUAAUCGAUGGUUGGGUUAGCGACCGUGCUCGAGACGUCGUAAAUUAUUCUUAGAUAUUAUGAUCUGUGUACCAACACGCAUGGUUACAAACCGGACUUGGACGACCUUGACAAAAAAAAAAAACAAUUAUUAUUUAUAAUAUUAGGUAUAUCCGAACGCUCCCUUACGGACGAACAAAACGGCAUUGUUUUCCUAUACAGAUAAAAAUAUAUUUGUACUUUUCAAGUUCAAAAACCAAUACAUUACCAUAAAACUAACGAAGUGUGAUAUAGCCAUUGGCGCAACUAGAGGGAGGCUGAGGAAGUUCAGACCCCUUUAAAAACUUUUAAAGCUCUCUCAAAAUUUCGGUAAAUAUUUUAAAUUGUUAUUUGGGAUCCAUGCUUAAUAGUUUAUUGGAUGCUGUCAUUUUUUUAAAACCUGAAACAGUUUACCGCUAGUUGCUCAAAUGGAUAUAGCCGACUUCUUUUCAAAUGUAAAAAUGUUUAUGUAUAUACCAAAGGCACCCUUUAAGGGGCAGAGGGCAAGGGAAACAUUCCUUAGGUUUUUUUUACUUAUUAUAAUAUUACAAUUAUACAUUGAUGUUGUACAUACAAAAUGUCGAUUUUAAAGGGGAGCAUUUAAAAGUAUUUACUUUACAAAAAAAAAAAUCCAUAUUAUUCUUAUCAGAUUAUACAGUGAACACAAUUUAGUCAAAAAUAUACUUGCACGAUUUUUUUUAACGAAUUUUGAUAUAUUGUAUUACUUAUUUAAUAAUAAAUAGUAUAUUAAUUAUUAGUAUAGCCCUUGCCGUUUUCAUGCAGUAGCGAUUAUCAAGAAAAAUAUGAGAAAUAAUUAUGAAUUUACUUGAUAAUUAUAUUAAUAAUAGA